AUGAGCUCAAUUCCACCAUGGUUUCGUCUCUUGCAAGGAACCAUAAAUCAAAGCACGAGAGAGUUAAAGCGAAUCCACGCCCACGCCAUCACCAAUGGCCUUGCAAGAUUCUCCUACGUCUCCAGCAGACUCUUGGCCUUCUAUUUCCGACACCACCAGCGCAACCGCCGCGAUAUGCGCUGUUUAGAGGCAUUUUUCAUUCACAUGCCAAUUCACACUGUGUUUGACUUCAAUGUCAUGAUAACAGCUUUUUCAAGAGACUCACAGUUUUACAACUGUUUUCUGCUUUUCAAACGAAUGCUAGCCACUGGUGUUAGGCCUAACUCUCACACCUUCACCAUGUUCGUCAAAUCUUGCCGUGGAUCUUUGUCUCUCCUCCAACAAGCCCAUGACCAAGUGGUGAAGUUGGGGAGUGUGGAUUAUGACGCUUUUGUAGUGAGUUCUUUGAUUGGUGUUUAUUGUGAUCAUGGAGAAGUUGGUGCUGCACGGCAGGUGUUCGAUGAAAGUUCCAACAAGAAUGUGGUGUGUUGGACUGGUCUUGUUACUGGUUAUUGUAAUAAUGGUUUAGUUGAGGAAGCAAGGCUGUUGUUUGAUGAGAUGCCGCGAAGGAAUGAGGUAUCCUACAGCGCCAUGGUGUCUGGGUAUGUGAGGAAUGGUUGUUUCAAUGAGGGAAUUCAAGUUUUUCAUGAGCUCAAGUGUUGUGGAAAUGUUAUUAAUUUGAAUGGCUCUCUUCUUGUGAGUGUGCUCAAUGCAUGUGCUGCUGUGGGUGCAUUUGAAGAAGGCAAAUGGAUUCACAGUUACAUUGAAGAAAAUGGUUUGGAGUAUGAACUUGAACUGGGGACUGCGUUGAUUGAUUUCUACACCAAGUGUGGGUGGGUGGAAGAGGCAGAGACAGUGUUUGAUAGUAUGCCUAGUAAGGAUGUUGCUACUUGGAGUGCUAUGAUAUUGGGUUUGGCUAUUAAUGGAAAGAAUUAUAUGGCUCUUGAGCUUUUCAAUAAGAUGGAGAAGGUUGGACCCAAACCCAAUGCAGUUACUUUUGUUGGUGUUCUAACUUCCUGCAAUCACAAGGACUUGUUGACUAAAGCUUGGUGGUUUUUUGAACAAAUGAGUAGAAAAUAUGGCAUCCUACCAUCCAUUGAACAUUAUGGAUGCAUGGUUGAUGUUUUGGCGCGAGGGGGGCGAAUCAAAGAUGCUUUAGCGUUAGUUGCUAGGAUGCCGAUAGAACCGGAUGGAGCCAUAUGGGGGUCUUUGCUCAACGGAUGCAUGAUGCAUUGUCAUGUUGAACUGGCACAUAGAGUUGGGAAGUAUUUGAUAGAAUUGGAGCCUCAACGUAGUGGAUAUUACAUCCUUCUAGCAAACAUGUAUGCAAGUAUGGGCAAAUGGGAAGGCGUCUCCGAGAUGAGAAGACUGAUGAAAAAAAGGGGAGUGUCAACCAUUUCUGCUUGGAGUUUCAUAGAAAUUGACCAGUCCAUCCACAAAUUUGUUGCUGAUGAUAAGUGUUGUACAUAUUCAGAAGAAAUUUAUGGAGUUUUAAACCACUUGAGUAAGGGACUCGAGGAUUUCUCCAGAUCAAAAGAUGCAUUUUAUUUAUUUGAAGUAAUAUAACUUAAAAAAUAGUGGUCUCAGACUCAUAUUGCACAUGAAUUUCAAGAUAUUCUCAGACUUAAUGAUCUGAUCAGCCAUCUGUACAUUAUGGAAUUCAGUUUGGCUUCUGAAAAUUGAAGGGCUCAUUCUUUAUUUCAAUACUAAAGUUGGUUGUUGAGACUGCCAAACUCACUUUACGGCUAAUGAAAUGGUCUUGAGGUCUAAACUCAUUUGGAGAAGGUUAGUUAUCAGUAUCUUCAAAUUCGAUACUUUCCAUUAGAACAGGAGCAUCAUCCACUGAUGUCUAUGAAGAAUGGUCAUGUUGUGAUGCUGACAAACAAGGAAGAUUUGGAAUUAAAUUGAAUAGUUGCACAGAUCAUUGAGCAGAACAUGUUGGAAUUCCAAACAUCAAAUUGAAAGAGCUGUUUAAAGGCCAUGGAGUCCUCUAAAACCUAUUGCAAUGGAAGAAGCCCUUAAUUUUGUCCUCAAGAUUAAGAAUUUCUUUUAAAAGGUGAAAAUUGUCACCAUCCGUGGUUGAUGUCGGCGAUGACGAUGGCUUGCGGUUUCAAAUGGUUAGGGUUGGUAAGGAAUCGGGAAAUGGUGCUUGCUGCAGACAUUAGUCACUGUUGGUACGGCCUGCUGCGAUGUUGCAUCUGAAUCAUGCUCUGUAUUGCUAGGAAAGCAAAUUUGGAGAAGUCAGACUUGGAUUCAGCUUUGAAAGCUCCGAAGGAUCGGUUGGUGACCAAGAAUGUCUUAUGUAUCUGUUAUGGACCCUGUUUUUGUUUCCUCUUGUAUAUCUAAUAAGUGGUUUAUAUUAAGCUACUUUUGCUCUAUGAAACUGGCUAAUUUUUUCCACAGUGCUAUCACUUUUAGGCUGAGGAAAUAGCUGAGAAACUAUGUGAAUCAAUGGCAGCAAGUCUUGAAGGCAAGAUGCUAGCUUCAUUUACAAGGAUCUCUUCAACAGUGCAUGUACGAACCAGUCUCUCCCUUAAUUCUGGCCUUUCUUUUUAAUUAUUAUAAGGCAUGUACUGAUGCUGUGGUUCAAAAAUCAAAACAAGCAGCAAUGGAAGAAGCCCCUGUUCGUAUUUUAAGUUUUUAACCCCUAGACACUCUAUUCAGGGAUGUGCAUGCUGCCAAGGAGCUAAGGAAACCAUAUGUUGUUGUAUUUGUUGGAGUUAAUGUUGUUGGAAAAUCUACUAAUCUUGCUAAGGUGAAGGAGAAUAAUAUUUAUUGGGAUUUUCCAACUGUUCAAAUUAAUUGACAAGAAGUCAAUUUGUAUCACUUUAAUGUUCAUCGAGCUUGUGCUAAUUUGUGCUACUUUAAUAUUAAUUUUUUUGUUCAAAUUAAUCGGCAAGAAGUCAAUUUCUGUUGUGUGUGAUCUCGGGAAUA